AUGUUGAAUCCAUCAGAUCAAUUUAUUGAUGAUUUAUUAAAUGAAUCAGAUAAUCUUCACGAUUUAGCACUUUUCGAUCCUUUGGAUCCCAAAUUAGCUAUACUGAUCAGUUCUUCUCUUGUUCCAUCUGACACCAAUAUGGAAACUCCAUCAUCUCUUUCAUCAGGAAUUGGUUCUGAUUCAAAUGAUCAGGAAUCGUGGAAUAAUUGUGCUUUACCAACAAAUAUGCAAUCAAAUAGGCCACGUCUAAAAAUCAUAGCUCAACCAUAUUCUGGUGGAAAAUUACGCUAUCGUUCUGAAUUUGACAAGAAUAAAAGUCGUUUAGGUGUUCUAAAAAAUCGAAAUGAAGAGUCAAAUUAUAAAGGUCCUGCGAUUCUUAUUCCAGAAGAUUAUCGAAAACCAAAUGAUAAAUAUUAUAUUCGCGUUUCUCUUGUCACGGUUGAAUAUAAAAAUACAAAUCUACAUUAUUUUCAUCCAUAUGAACUUGAACAUCCUUUGAAUAAGGAAAUUAAUGAUAGAGAUCAUAAUUGUGUUUGGGUCCCAAUUCAAGAAGAAGAUUGUCUUUCGGGUACUAAAAGUUUUCCAUAUUUACGUAUCGUAAAAACACGAGCUUGUCAUUUACAAACUUCUACAAGUUUACGUCCAUUUGAUUGUGAUAGUCAAGAUUUACAAAAUCAUUCACUUGUACAAUUUUCUUGUCCAAAAGACAUAAUUAAUGAAUAUAAUCUUAAUAAAAGUCAAUUAGCAUUUACUGUUGCAAAAGAAGUAACUAUUGAUGGUCGAUCUAUGAUGGAACUUUAUUCAGAUACAACUGUUUAUUCCGAAGAAAUAGUUGAUGGUGUUGAUAUAGAAUCACCUGUUGACGAUGUUAUAGAAUCAACUGUUGACAAUGUUAUACAAUCAACAACUCCAACAACAACUUCAUUGAUUUCUAAUUGUCGUGUAUAUAAAUAUGCGCCUAAAUCUGGUUUUGAUACAAGUAAUGAAGACAUGCUUAUUCUUUUAACAAAUAAACUUGAACCAAAAAAAUAUGGAAGAUUAGAAAUUACAUUUGAAUGUAAUCUACCAAAUCAUCAUUGGUCACAAUCAAUUGAUAAUAUUGAUACUAAAGAUCGAACAAUAUCAUUUAAAACACCAAAAUUUCCAUAUUCAUUCGAGAUCGUACAACCAGUUGAUGUCAUAUUGAAACAAACUAAUCGUACUUUAGGAACAUUAAAAUAUUACUAUAUGUCAACAUUGACUCCAUGUUCAAGAUGUCAAUCAUAUGUUGUUGAAAAUCGAACUGAUUCAGUACCAAAUGUACCAAACAAACGUCUAUUUUCUACAACUGAUAUAGAUGACUCCGUAUCUGAUAGUAAGAAUAAACCAUUUACAUUAAUUUAA